CCUGCUCUGCUCUGCUUUCGUGGUUAUUAUCUACGAUAUCAAAUUCUUGCGCGUCAGGGUAAUUCUUGCUUUUGUUGCAACACUAACAAAAGAAAGUUCUACUUCGCUGGUGGCAAUCUACUCCUACUGGUCAACUGUCAACAUGGAUAAUAUGGCUGAAAGAAACUUUGGCAGAAAAGGAAGAAGGAUGGAAAUGCCUAAGAGAAGAAAAAUCAUAGUAGCAACCAACCCAAGCAACCACCACUUCGUAGCCUUUGACUUCGCCGAUGUGUUUAAAAUAGGAAACUAGAGCAACAACCAUGGAACAAAAAGGGCCAAACUCUUCUCUAGUUUUCACGAUGAAAGAGGCCGGCAUCAGCAUGGUUGUCGUCCUGCCCUGCUUCCUCCUCCUCCUUCUUUUCCUAUCCAGCCCGCUCGCCGCCGCCGCCGCCGCCGACGCCGCCUUCUCGGAGUACUCCUGCAAUGGCACCACCGGCAACUACACGGCGAACGACGCCUUCGGGGCCAACCUCGAGCGCCUCACCGCGGCGCUCCCCGCAGACGCCUCCGCCGCACCAUCGCUCUUCGCCUCGGCCACCAUCGGCACCGGCCCUGACACAGUCUACGGCCUCGCGCUCUGCCGCGGCGACAUCACGGACGCCAGGGCGUGCUCCGGCUGCCUCGACGACGCGUUCCGAAAGCUGCGGGGCCUCUGCGCCGGCGUCAGGGACGCCACGUUCUACCACGACCUCUGCACGCUCCGCUACUCCGGCGACGACUUCCUGGCCCGCCCCGACGACAACAGCCCCGUGAUCAACGCCAUGGACGCCAACAGUUCGACGUACGCCGAUUGGGACAGCCGCAACGCCACGUCCCAGAGCCUCUUCCUGUCGCGGGUGGACACCCUGUUCUCGGAGAUGUCCAUAUACGGGUCCUACAACUCCCCGGCCCGCCGCUUCGCCAGCGCCGCCAUGUACAUCAACCCGACGCUGCCGACGGUGUACGGGCUCGCGCAGUGCACGCCGGCGCUCUCCCCGGCCCAGUGCUUGCGCUGCUUCCAGGGCCUCAAGGAGCUGAUCCGCCAGUGGUACGACGGCCGCGAGGGCGGCCGCAUCCUCGGCGUCCGCUGCAACUUCCGCUAUGAGGGCUACCAGUUCUUCGGCGGUUCCCCGGUUGUCAGGAUCGGAUUCGCCCCAUCUUCACCUACAGGAAGCAAUCAGAAGAAGACCUUAAUUAUCGUUCUAUGCUUGUCGAUUACGGUGUUCUGUGCUAUGUUAGUCGGGUGCCUCCUGCUGAUCAGAAGACAAAGAAAAGGAGGAGGGAAGACGAAAUUGCCCCAUCUACCACCCCAUUCCAGAAGCAGCUCGAAAACAGAGGAAGCCCUGAAGCUGUGGAAGAUCGAGGAGAGCAGCUCAGAGUUCACGCUGUAUGACUUCAACGAGCUGGCUGUCGCCACCGACGACUUCUCCGAAGACAACAGGCUCGGAAGAGGCGGCUUCGGGCCGGUUUACAAGGGUACGUUGCCUGAUGGAACCGAGGUGGCGGUGAAGAGGCUGUCGGCGCAGUCCGGGCAAGGGCUGGUGGAGUUCAAGAACGAGAUCCAGCUGAUCGCCAAGCUGCAGCACACGAACCUGGUGAAGCUCCUGGGGUGCUGCGUGCAGGAGGAGGAGAAGAUGCUGGUGUACGAGUACUUGCCCAACAGAAGCCUAGACUUCUUCAUCUUCGACCAAGAGAGAGGACCGUCGCUGGAUUGGAAGAAACGGCGGCACAUAAUCGAAGGGAUCGCACAGGGGCUGCUGUACCUGCACAAGCACUCGCGCGUGCGCAUCAUCCACCGGGAUCUCAAGGCCAGCAACAUUUUGCUGGACAGAGAUCUGAACCCCAAGAUAUCGGAUUUCGGCAUGGCAAGGAUCUUCGGCUCCAACAUGACGGAGGCCAACACCAACAGGGUCGUCGGCACCUACGGUUAUAUGGCCCCUGAGUACGCUUCCGAGGGCAUCUUCUCGGUAAAGUCUGACGUGUUCAGCUUUGGAGUGUUGCUGCUUGAGAUCGUGAGCGGCAAAAGGAACAGCGGUCAUCAACACUAUGGGGACUUUGUCAACCUCCUCGGCUACGCAUGGAAGAUGUGGAGGGAAGGGAGAUGGUUGGAGCUGGUUGACCAGACGCCGGGCGACGGCAGCGAGGCGGGUACGAGCAUGAUGCGGUGCAUCAAGGUGGCGCUGCUGUGCGUGCAGGACAACGCGACGGACCGGCCGACGAUGACGGAGGUGACGGCGAUGCUGGGCAACGACGGGGUGCCGCUGCCGGACCCGAGGCGGCCGCCGCACUUCGACCUGCGGGUCACCAGCGACGACGAGGAAGAAGACGAUGCCGGGCCGGGUGUGGUGCGACGGACGCGGUCGCACUUCACCGGAUCGCGCAGCACCAACGAGGUGACCAUCAGCACCAUCCAGGAAGGAAGGUAGCUAGCAGCAAUGGCAACCGCCAACCAGGUGGUCGUUUAAUACCCGUGUGUUGGAACUGUGGAUAUGCAGACGGAUUGUUUGGGUUUGGGAUGUUUUCGGGGCUUUCUGGCUGCUGAUUGACAUAGUCAUUGACGUGUGACAGCAGCUAUGUGGUUUUGUACAGACGGUCUAUUGUAGGACCGCACGCAGGAGCAUGUAAGAAGAGCUAGUACGGCUGUGGCAGUGCUUUGACAAACGGGAAAAUGAAAAGAAAAGACAGGAUGCAAGGGUUUUGCUCUUGACAGGCACAGGUGUGAGGAUAGGUGCGGUACGCGCGCCGGCGACUAUUCAAACCGAGCAAAUGCGAAGCUGAUGACCGUGUCUUUGGCUCUGA